AUGUCACGUAACACCACAGACAAGGUACUACGGCCAGAGACAAAUGAGGAGGAAGACGAUAGUAAACGGACUCAGAAGGAACCCAUCAUGUCUCGCGCAGCCCGUCGGAAGGCAAAGAAACAACCUGUUGUGGUAACGGCAGAGAUGCGGGAGGAGGCGAAGGAGCGACGCCGUGAGUUGCGCAAGUACCUGCGCAUGUUGAAGUCUAAUGGGGCCCGUAGGAAAGUGGCACAGAUGCGUGCGGAGAAGCGUGAGAGGGAGACAUGUGAGAUGGACGAGGCGUGCGCUCACCUCGAUAUGGAUGCCAGGCCGUUGAAGAAGGGAAGACGUGAGUAA